CAGAUCAGGAUAUGGUUGAGUUGACAUUUUAUGAAAAGCAAGAGGAUCGGGUUUUUUGUUGGAAUAAAAUAGCAAAUUGUGAAAAAUGUCUGGCGCUUUGACCAGAUUUAUCCAAGGAACCAAAAGCCAGAUAGGUCUUGUUGGGCCUUUGGUAAGUGUCAACAAUGGAUCCGUUCGAUUCCAACAGACUCAAAGCACCAAGACCAAGUUUGGGCCAUUGGCAGAUGCCGACAGGAUUUUCACAAAUUUGUAUGGACGACACGAUUGGCGACUGAAAGGAGCGCUCAGUCGAGGUGACUGGUACAAGACAAAAGAGAUUCUUCUGAAGGGAACAGAUUGGAUAGUCAAUGAACUCAAAACAUCGGGGCUUCGUGGUCGUGGUGGGGCCGGAUUCCCUACUGGUAUGAAGUGGUCCUUCAUGAACAAACCAUCAGAUGGUAGACCUAAGUACCUAGUUGUCAAUGCUGACGAGGGAGAACCAGGCACUUGCAAGGACAGGGAGAUCAUGCGUCAUGACCCACACAAGCUGAUCGAGGGCUGCCUCGUCGCUGGAAAAGCUAUGGGAGCUCAGGCGGCAUACAUCUACAUCAGAGGAGAGUUCUACAAUGAAGCCAGCAACUUACAAGUGGCCAUUGCUGAGGCUUACCAAGCUGGGCUUAUUGGCAAAAACGCCUGUGGUUCAGGCUACGAUUUCGACGUUUUUGUGCACCGCGGUGCCGGUGCCUACAUCUGUGGUGAGGAGACAGCCCUCAUCGAGUCCAUUGAAGGCAAGCAGGGCAAGCCCCGCCUCAAGCCGCCUUUCCCUGCUGACGUGGGCCUGUUCGGAUGUCCCACUACUGUCAACAAUGUGGAGACUAUUGCUGUUUCUCCAACAAUCUGCCGUCGCGGCGGUAGCUGGUUCGCGUCGUUCGGUCGUCCCCGCAACAGUGGCACCAAGCUGUUCAACAUCUCCGGGCACGUCAACACGCCCUGCACCGUCGAGGAGGAGAUGAGUAUCCCGCUGAAGGAGCUCAUCGAACGCCACGCGGGCGGAGUCACCGGGGGCUGGGAUAACCUCCUGGCUAUCAUCCCUGGAGGAUCCUCUACUCCUCUUAUACCUAAAGAUGUAUGCGAGACGGUUCCCAUGGACUUCGACGGGCUCGUCGCAGCUCAGACGUCGCUAGGUACAGCGGCCAUCAUAGUGAUGGACAAGUCUACGGAUAUAGUAAAGGCGAUCGCCCGCCUCAUCAUGUUUUACAAGCACGAGUCGUGCGGACAGUGCACGCCCUGCCGCGAAGGAGUCUCGUGGAUGAACAAGAUUAUUUACAGAUUCGUGGAGGGUAACGCAUCUCCAAAGGAGAUCGACAUGUUGUGGGAAAUCUCUAAGCAGAUCGAAGGCCACACAAUCUGCGCGCUGGGCGACGGCGCGGCGUGGCCGGUGCAGGGCCUGAUCCGCCACUUCCGGCCCGAGCUCGAGCGCCGCAUGGAUGAGUACAGCCGCCAGCACGGACCCAGCAAGGCCGAGCGACUCUAUUAGAAUCGGUUGACACAUUUCAAAUCUAAGUAAAUAAAAAUGUGAAGAUAGAGUUCUGUAAACAAUUGAAAGGCGCCUCGCUGUGUACACACACACGAGUAACAACAUUACGCCUUAUUUUGAAAAUGAGAUGUGGUGUAGUAUUUUAUGUCGGUAUUAUCUAAACACACGUAACACGCUGCAUGCAUAAACUGGCCCCACUUUUUGACAGAGCUCUGUCUUUACUUUUUUAUUCGGUCAUGUGAUUUGGCGGCCAUUGUUGCCGAGAUAGAAAAUUGUACAACUUAGAAACGGCAGAGGAAGUUUGCAUUACAUCAGCUAAAUAGUGACUAACAAUAAACAUUCUGUACGGGAAAUAUUGUGUAAAUAAACAAUAAAACAUCA